CACAAGAGAAAGGGGCAGGGUCUUGUUACAAAACCUUUCUUCCGUGUGGCGCCAAACAACUUGCUCCUCUAUUAAUUGUUACUGUGGAAGUUAGCAGCUUUAUUCACCAGCAGAUAAAAAUAAUUUAGUGUAGGGACAUGUUUACCAGACAAACCAAACGUGAAGCUGCUGUGAAGAUUGUUGCCGGUGAACAGUACUUAACUCCCGAUGCAACAGUCCGACGGUCUUCUCGGAGGGACGUGGCCCCCAAGCGGCUCCACUUCUCUCCGGACACAACAGCUACAAAUGUGACGGAAAAAAAAACAAAAACCGAAAAAGAAAAGCCAGAGAAAACGAGGAUACAGGAUGAAGAUGCUGAAGGUGGAGUGGACCAGACAGCUGAUGGUCACGGAGGGCUGUCUGAAUAUGAGCUGAAACGCCUUGAGAACAUCAGGAAAAACCAGGCUUUUCUGUCUUCCAUCAACUUGCUCCAGGCUAGAGAGGAUUUGCAUCAAACCACACGGCCAAAGCCAUCACAGCGAGGUUUGAGGCCCCAGCCUGCCUUGAAGGAAGUACUUCCACCUCGUAAAUCUCUGCGCCUUCAAAAUAAACCAGCAGAGAAGAUGACUCCCCUCAAAGAAUUCACAGCUUUGUUUCCCCAUGAUGAUAUGCCUAGAGUAUUUAAGAAACCUGCCGGACCUCUUCUCAUGAAUCCCUUAAACCAGGAUGAUGGUUUCAAGCUGCCACCACAGCUUCUUGAACUGUGCUCUGAGGACACCAAGGAGAGAAAGAGGAACCUUGAUCUGAAAGAGUACAUCUCUGCACUGAAAAGCAUGAAGAUAACGGAAGACAAUGUGGUGAAAGUGGUGAAAGAUCGUGUCUUCUCUGCAGCCUUCCACCCCUGCAGCAGCAGCCUGUUGCUGGCUGCUGGAGACAAGUGGGGAAAAGUGGGACUCUGGAAUUUGGGUGCUGAAUGGGGUGAUGAUGGUGUUCUGCUUUUUGAGCCCCACUCUCGUCCGGUGGGCUGCAUGGCGUUCUCCAGGGUUCAUCCCACCCAGCUGUUCAGCGCCAGUUAUGACGGAUCUUUGCGCUGCAUGGAUGUAGAGAAGGCCGUAUUUGAUGAUGUGUAUGACAUUGAUAAUGGCCUUAAAACGUUUGCCUUCAUGUCACAUGACUGCUCAACACUUCUGGUUGGGAGCUGGUUUGGAGAGGUUGCCAUCGUAGACAGGCGGACUCCAGGAAACUCCCAUGAGUCCCUCCACUCACUUAACCCCAAGGCUGUGCGCAGUGUGAGCGUUCACCCUCUCCAGAUGCAGUACUUCGCUGCUGCAGAAGGCAGGACAGUGAGUAUUUAUGACAGCAGGUACCUUAAGAAGACUAAAAGCAAGGCGGUGUCUCAUCUGCACGGACAUGCCUUGGCCAUUACCGGUGCUUAUUUCUCCCCUUGGACAGGGAACAGAGUUCUCACCUCAUGUAUGGAUAACCACAUAAGGGUAUACGACACGUCUUCAUUGACUGCUGAACCCCCAUUGUUCAAAUCCAUCAGUCAUGACAUGCAUACAGGCCGUUGGUUGUCGAAGAUCUCAGCAGUGUGGGACCCCAAGCAGGAGGACUGCUUUGUCGUGGGAAGUAUGAAAAGGCCUCGAAGGGUGGAGGUGUUCCAUGAAAGCGGGCGGCUGCUGCACUCCUUCAUAGAUGAGAACGUCAGCACGGUGCUGUCCGUCACCGCCUUUCAUCCCACAAGGAAUGCCCUGCUGGGUGGAAAUUCAUCAGGACGCAUGCAUGUCUUCUACAGUUGAAAUGGGGGGGGCAAUGAGUGUGCUGCCAUUAUCUCUGGGUGAGAUGGGCAUUGUGGGAGACAGUAGAAUGGUCUAGAAAUAUGUAGAUUAAACAAAUAUUCAUAUUUAUGAUGCAGACUGCACGUCAGACUCUAUAACAUGUAUUCUAACUUCAAGAUGUGACGCACCUUUUAACACGUUUUUGUUUUUUCUAGACCUCCAUAGUCUGACUGCUCAGUUUUUUGUUUUUUUUGUUUUGAUAGACAGUGCUUGUGUCCUGCUUAAAGGUGCCUCCUAAAGGAUAGCCAGUGUUACUAUAUGCAUUCCUUUUUAUUUUUCCUUGCAAGAUGUCAUUACAUUGUAUCAGCUAUACAAAAGACAACAACGUUCUCAUUUUUUGUAACAUAGCCUAAUGGAUUUCAGUUUUUGGGAGGAGUACUGUGUGGUUCACCAUGUGCAGACAUUCUUAGUUUGACAUUAGUUUUCUGAAAAAUUGUAAACGUUUUCUAUCAGAUUGUUAAACUGCGCAAGUUUAAAAAUACAAUGGGUCUACUGCAUUGUUUGUGCAAAAUGACAAAUCUGCCUGUUAAAAGGUUGAUAAUAUAAUUUUUCUUUAAUUUUGUUAUGUUUAUAUCUUUGUGACAUUUAUACACAACAAUAAAGUUUUUAUGCUUUAAAUAUGA